AUGGCUCGGGCCGCCGGGCUUUGCGGCGCGGCCCCGCGCGCCCUCCUGUUCCCGCUGCUGCUGCUGUUGCUGCUGCUGCUGCUUCCGCCGCCGCCGCUGCUGGCCCGGGCACGGCCGCCGGACACCCACCGUCGCCACCCUGGGAGGAGGGGACCACAGCCCUGGCACGCAGCUCUACCCAGUAGCCUGGUACCUGCCCCUGCUUCCGGGGAAAGCCCCCGGCCCGCCGGCAGCCCCAGACCCCCCCGCUGUGGCGUGCCUGACCCUCCUGAUGGGCUGAGAGCCAGCAACCGACAGAAGCGGUUCGUGCUGUCCGGCGGGCGCUGGGAGAAGACAGACCUCACCUACAGGAUCCUGCGGUUCCCAUGGCAGCUGGUGCGGGAACAGGUACGGCGGACGGUGGCAGAGGCCCUACAGGUGUGGAGUGAAGUCACGCCAUUGACCUUCACUGAGGUGCAUGAGGGCCAUGCGGACAUCAUGAUCGACUUCACCAGGUACUGGCACGGGGACAACCUGCCCUUUGAUGGGCCUGGGGGCAUCCUGGCCCAUGCCUUCUUCCCCAAGACUCACCGAGAAGGGGACGUCCACUUCGACUAUGACGAGACCUGGACCAUUGGGGACAAUCAGGGCACAGAUCUGCUGCAGGUGGCAGCCCACGAAUUUGGCCACGUGCUGGGGCUGCAGCACACGACAGCAGCUAAGGCCCUUAUGUCCCCUUUCUAUACUUUCCGCUACCCGCUGAGCCUCAGCCAAGAUGACCGCAGGGGCAUCCAGUACCUGUACGGCCAGCCCCGGUCGGCCUCCACCUCCGAGACCCCUGCCCUGGGUCCCCGGGCUGGGAUGGACACGAAUGAGAUAGCACCGCUGGAGCCGCAAGUCCCACCAGACGCCUGUGAGGUCUCCUUUGACGCGGCAGCCACCAUUCGAGGCGAGCUCUUCUUCUUCAAAGCAGGCUUUGUGUGGAGGCUGCGUGGGGGCCGGCUGCAGCCCGGUUACCCCGCACGGGCCUCUCGCCACUGGCAGGGACUGCCCAACGCUGUGGACGCAGCCUUUGAGGAUGCUCAGGGUCACAUUUGGUUCUUCCAAGGUGCUCAGUACUGGGUGUACGACGGUGAGAAGCCAGUCCUGGGCCCUGCACCCAUCUCUGAGCUGGGCCUGUUGGGAUCCCCAGUCCACGCCGCCUUGGUCUGGGGUUCUGAGAAGAACAAGAUCUACUUCUUCCGAGGCGGGGAUUACUGGCGCUUCCACCCCAGCACUCGGCGUGUGGACAGUCCCGUGCCCCGCCGGGCCACCGACUGGCGAGGGGUGCCCUCUGAGAUCGAUGCCGCCUUCCAGGACGCUGAUGGCUAUGCUUACUUCCUGCGCGGCCGCCUCUACUGGAAAUUUGACCCCGUGAAGGUGAAGGCUGUGGAGGGCUUCCCCCGUCUUGUGGGCCCCGACUUCUUCGGCUGUGCUGAGCCUGCCAACACUUUCCGCUGACCAUGGCCUGGCUGCCCUUUGGGGGUGCUGGCUCCCACCAGGUCAGCCACACAUCAGACACAUGGCCAUCCUACGGCUCUGGGUUCCAGGAUGGAGCUCAAGUCUGCUCAGGGUGGGUGGGGUGGGAGUGCAGGCCCCUUGACCGUGGCAGGGAGGGCCAUGUGGGUGGUGGUGGCCUGCCAAGUGACUGUCUCCAACCAGGCGGGGAGGGUGUGGUGUAACUUAAGUGUGGGGGCAGUCUGGGGCCGGCUCUGUCCCACCCCGUGCAGGUCACCGUCAAUCCUGGGUGUCCUCGGUCUCCAUCCCCAACCACCAGUGGCAGUGGGGGAGGGGGGAACUGAGGCAUCCUCUUUCUAUCCCUGCUGUGAGGUUCCUGUUGGGUGCUGGCGCCACAGCAGGGAGGGUGGGGACCGUGGGGCAGGGGCCUUUCCUGAGAGGUCUGUUCUGGGUUGGUGCUUGGAUCUGGCUGCCUUCUGGCCGGUGAUCCUCCAAACCUAUUCCCCAGGAUGCAGGGCCAAAGGUCUCCAGUGUGCUGCAGGGCGGGGUUCCUAGAGCCCCAACAUACCUCAUUCCUGUCGUGGGCCAGAACCCCAAAGCCCUCGCUCCGGCACUGGCACCCUCCAAAGCCAUGUAAAUGUGUGUACAGCGUGUACAAAGCCUUUUCUUUCUUUCUUUCUUUUUUACCGAGUGUUAUUAAACAUGGUUGU